CCGUCUCUCGCUGUUCCUUCGUCGUCGUCGUCGACUGCCGACUCUUUCUUUCGCGUCUCACGUUCCGUCUGUCGUUGCCGCGUCACUCGUAGUCGUCAAUGGCACCACAACAGCAAGGCCAGCAGGGAGGAGGCCAGCAGGGAGGAGGUCAACAAGGCGGGCAGCAGGGCGGGCAGCAGGCAACACAACAACAGUCGCAAUCCAACUCGCAAUCCAACUCGCAGAGCAGCUCCUCUGUUCUGUCCAUCCCCCAAUCCGCGCCCGCCGGCGGCAUCACCAUCACCAAGCCCCCCCAAACCGCCACCUCCUACUUCAAGCUCGCUGAGAACAACCUCAUCACGUUCGCCUGGAACUUCACCUACGUCCUCGCGACGCCGACGCACCUCACCGUCUCUGCCGUUGGCGAGAACGGCAACACCUACCCCGUUGGCCCGACAAACGGGAUCAUCCCCGGCACGGCCACGAGUGUCGUGUGGGACCCGUGGGCGUGGAACCAGAUGCCCGGGGUGACGCCGCUCACGCAGGGGACAUAUACGCUCAACGUGUGGGACGACCGUGGCCCGGGGAGCGCGCGGCAGCCGGGGUUCAUGGCGCCGAACAGCGCGCUGCAGUUUGCGCUGUACACCCCGCAGUCGUAUACGCCGCUCAGUAGUGGUUGGCAAUGCGUCGGAUGUUCAGGGUCGUUAUCGACGUACACCGCUCACCCUGCUUUCGCGGGGCUUAUAACAACGCUCGUGAUCAUGUUCCUAUCAGGUUACAGCCUAGUACGGCAGGCCAUGCAUUAGCUUCGCGUGCUAGGUGACCUGGACAUCGGACAUUGUAUGCCUUCGAGGGCUGCACAGACGGAAGAGUCGGACAGAGCCUCUGCACUUCAUGACAUAUCACGCGCUACGCUCCAUCCCGCAUCUCUUCUUUUUGCAUCUCCUUUCGUUUGUUUUCACGAACUGCAUGGACAGAUCCAGACUCGAGGACUAAUAGUUAGUAGGCUAGGCAUUCUUUCUGCGCUGUGUGAGUAGUAUAGUACUGUGCGUCGGUGGGUAAUGGAUAGCUGCGGCUUCGUGGCCGCAGGUUUGUCGG